AUGGCGACCAUAAACCCAGACGAGCUGAAGAAGCUCGUGAAGGCUUUGCAGGGCGCGUCGAACGACCAGGAAACUAUUGAUGUUCUGACGACUCUCAAGAAGGAGGCUCGGGUCACUGAGGCCCUACUUCGCGAAAGUAAGGCUGGCUUAGCAGUCGGAAAGCUACGUAGCAAUCCCAAUGGGGCCAUCGCCAGCCUGGCGAAGGAGAUUGUCAAGCAGUGGAAGGACGCGGUGGCGAAAGACAAGCAGAAGGGUGCUCCCAGCGCGCCUAAACCAGUCGCGAAAUCCUCCACGCCUACUUCAGUGGCCUCACCAACAACACCGACGAUAGCGUCGAAGGCCCUCGGGACGGGUGUACGCAACUCGAAGACGGACGGCAUCAAGGCUCAAACAUCCGACAACGUGCGCUCACGCUGUAUUGAGCUAGUAUAUGAUGGUCUCGCGUUCCAGUCGGGUUAUCCAAGCGAUCUCCUCCUGAAACGUGCCGAGGCCGUAGAACAAGCCGUCCUGGAUGAUUGCAAAGGCGCCACACCAGCUUAUAAGAACAAGAUCCGCAGUCUCUUCCAGAACUUGAAGGACAAGAACAACGGCUGGUUACGCGACGGCGUCGGUUCUGGCGAUAUUCCUGCCGCCAAAUUCGCGCGUAUGACUACAGCUGAGAUGGCCAGCGCGGAGCGCAAAGCCGAGGACGCGAAGAUUGCGGAGGAGAACAUGUUCCAGACUAUGGCGGCGGGAGAGAUGCAGGCGGAAACGGAUGCGUUCCAGUGCGGUCGCUGCAAACAGCGCAAGUGCAGGUAUCGCCAGGCGCAGACGAGGAGCGCCGACGAGCCUAUGACUACCUUCGUGACGUGCACCAACUGCAACCACCGCUGGAAGUUCUCAUGA